AAAAAAGUAAAAGGUUCCAGAGGAAUGAGGCAGCAGUAGGGAGUGAUUGAAUACCCCUGUAGGCUGUAGAAGUACUCCAGAAGCACCCAGGGAGGGAAGGCAAGCUAAUGGAGCCUUCUAGCCCUGUCCCAGAACCUCGUCGACGCUUCUUAUCCUUCAACUGAAAUUUGCUGAGCUAGCCACUUUAAUUUUAACUAAUAGCAAUUUCCCAUCAUUAUUUAAGUGCCUUCAAUUCGUUACCACCAUUCCAAGGAGUGAAGCAAGCAAGCAAGUCCAAGGCGCAAAUCAAAUUCAAUCCGUGUGAUAUUAAUUACGUGAUGGCUCUGCAGGCACGAUUGGGGUUAAUGAGGAAUCUGAGCAAGCGGGCCUUGUCCUGCGCUGGCCGCACUACUACACCAACUCCUCCUCUGCCGCUCGCCACCGGUGAUCGGAACUGCUUCCACUGGUGUAGCAGCAGACAUUACGAGGAGGAUCGGUUGAUGAUGAAGAACAGCUGGUCAUCACCUAAUAAGAGGUUUAUGACAAGCGCCGCAGCUGGCGAGACGACCGACGGGAAGCAGGUCGCCGUGGAGACCACAACCACCGACGACAAAACCCGGCGCAGAGGCAAGAGAAUUAGGCCCCCCACCGCCCUCUGGAGGGGCAACGGCCGCGACUUCGUACCCGCCCUUCAAGAAUUCUUCCCUUCGGGGCUGGGCAACGCGCUGCUGCAGGCGACGGAUAACAUAAACAGGCUGUUCCAGAACCUGCACCUUACGCCGUCGAAUCUCAUCGGCCGGUUCAAGGAGAAAGACGAGUGCUACAAGCUCCGCUACGAGGUGCCGGGGCUGUCCAAGGAGGACCUCAAGAUCACGGUAGACGACGGCGUUUUGACGAUCAAGGGGGAGCGCAAAGAGGAAGCACAAGGAGGUGGCGGUGGUGGGGAAAAUGAAUCGGACGACGACGAGUUCUGGUCGGCUCGGAGCUACGGGUUUUACCAUACCACCGUCUUGCUGCCGGAAGACGCCAAAGUGGAUGAGAUCAAGGCCGAGUUGAAAGAUGGGCUGCUUCAGAUUACCGUUCCCAGGACCGAGAGGCCCAAAGAUGCUGUUAAGGAGGUCCAGAUCCAUUAGGCAAUCGCCCGUUGCCACUUGCCACAGUGAGCGUGUGCGAGCGUUAAUGUAACCAAUUAGUAUCGUUGAAUAAAUGGGCUUGAGAGGUAUCUGAUGAAUUAGUUUUGUACUGUGUGUUUACUUUUUACAUGUGUGUUGGGUUCUGUUCGACUAAGCUUGUUUUCAACUUUCAUGUUUCGGUUUGUGAAAUCCUAGUUGUUUGAUGAUCGAUGGAGAGAAUUUAGUUAACAACAUGGUAAGAGAAAGAAACUGAUAAAUAAUUGUUGGGUUAAUGAAUCUGGGGGAAAAAGGUCACAAUGAAUUAUACACGUUGUCAGAGGAGGGUUGCUUCUCUGGACAGUUCAUCCUUGUUUAAGUACUACUAGUGUUUAUAUAAAUAUUAGUAUAUAUCAGAGUUCUAAAAAGCGCGCCUAGUCACUCCUCUAAUCUCGUCUAUGUGCAAGUCAGAAGGAAAAUGUGUCGUCUUCACAAUCACGCUGUGGUCUCGAUAGCGCCUAGUUAGCAUUUAGUUGCGCCUCAAAAUGAUGUCACAAUGUAUGUUUUCUACCUUUCGAUAUGCUACUAGGGAGGACGGUCUUGAUUUCUCUAUAAUUAGGCUAAGAUAUAGUUAGAGACGAUCAUCUUUAGAGUAGCUUCUUCUUUCUUUUUUGCGCUUCUUCGUCUCAAUAUGCUUUGCUAUUUUUCAGCUUAUUCUCCUUACUGAUUUCUCUACACUAUGUUUUAUGUUUUACCAUGUGUUGGUGAUGAAAGUUUAGAAAUGAGAGGUAUAUGCGCUAAUAUUUGGUUUAUAAACUCGUGAUUCUAGGCGAGCAGGAGAUAUUAUGCUGCGUUUAAAUCUAACGCUUAGGCAUGCCCAGGCGAUGCCUCAGCAUGCUAUGCAUAAGACAGAGUCUCAACGUUCGCCGCCUUACGCCUAGCGCUUUCUUGAACUUUGGUGUAUAUAUACAUCUCGUUUAGUACCACAAACCACCAUAUAUAAAACUAUUCCAACUAUUAUAACUAUUAUGAUAAUUUAGGAAACCACCAAAUAUUAUUCACAAUCUUUCACUAUGUAUUUCCGGUCUUUCCAUAUGUAUUUCCAAAUUCAAUGAUUCCAUAAACCAUCCGUGUCUGUCGAAUUGAGUUAUUUGGUGUCUAAAAUCCAAUUUGGUUAUAGUGCUCACAUGAAUAAUUGUGAAAAUCAACUUAAAGGUAGGAGAUAAAAGCACACAAGGUCAAUUAAAAUGGAAGGUUAUAAUUAUAAAGGAAAGGAUGAAGCGGGUCCGGAUGAGGUCAGUAACCGUAUUCUCAGUAACUGUGUAUAACCCUUCUUCCAUCCUUCACAUGUCUGCAUCUGAGCCGUCCCCUUUUAUUUAAAUGGAACACGGAGGGGCAGUAGGGUAAUUUGCAUCCACCCCUCAUUUAAUGCUGACGACCUGACACCUACUUUUGACCGAACUUGAACCCCACUCCAUGUCUCCCACACGUUUCCCUCUGUCACUCUUUUAUCUAUUAUUAAAAGAAAAUUUAAAUUAUUUCUUCUCUCUCCCAUCUACAACUAAAAGAGAAAAAAAAAGUACAUGCUCUCUGCACACUAACUCUAUCUCAAAAACAAAUAUGAAUUCAACAAUCUCAGCUCUCUCUACUCCAACUCAAAUUGAAUGAUGAUUUUUUCAUUUAAUAAUUCUCUGCCAAGAAGGGUAAUUACAAGUAUGAAUAUGACUAUCACUUUCUACUACUAUGGUAAAACAUGACAAAAUAUGCUAAAGAAAAUUACAAAUCUAAUUACCAUACAAUAUCAUAUAGUAUAAAUGCUAAAAUAAAAU